CAACUGACAACGAAAAGGCGAAAUGGCACUAAAAGGCCUGCAACUUCACGUCCAAAGUGAUGAAGAAUGGGACGCCCUUCUGCUCAACGACGGCGUCAUCGUCGUGGACAUUUACUCGGAAUGGUGCGGCCCGUGCGUAGGAAUGGCGCCCACGUUGAGAAAAUUAAAAUCCGAAUUCGGCGGGGAUCUUCUAGUACUAGCCGUGGCCAAAAGCGAUAACAUCAAAGCCCUCAAACGGUUCAGGAACAAGAGCGAACCAACCUGGUUGUUCAUCUCAAAAGGCCAGAUGAUGAACCUCAUGUUCGGCGCCAACGCCCUAGAAAUUACCGGCGCUGUGUUCGAGGAGGUGAAUCGAGAGCGACAAGCCAGGGAGAAUUUCACCGCGCGCACGGAGGGCAUGCCGAUAUCCAAACUGCAUCCGAUAGAAAUGCACCGAUACGACGAAGUCCAGAAGCAGAUGAAACUGGCGAAGGAGAAGGAGGAAGCUAAAAAAAUGAAGUGCUUCAGAGACAGGAAGGUGAACGAAUGCAAGAACGUACUGAAGAACGUAUCCAUGGGCGUGAUGCUGGUAUUCCCCUGCGCUAAGGAGAAAUACAAGAGUCUGAUUAAGGAAGCUUUGAAGGAAAAUGAUUGUGUUAUUGCAGACGAGGAAUGCGUCCGAAUGGACGUUGAUUUACUGGAAGAAAUGUUCUAUUUCUACGAAGAAGAGGAACCGCCGUUCGACGAAGCAUCCUUGAACAGUUUACUGAACGCCAAAUGCAUUCUGCUCGCCAUCAGGAGCCUUCAAGUGGUGGAUUCGUCGGUUUGGGAGGAAUUGAUGGCGAGAAUUAUCUACGGAAAAUCGUCCAGAAGUCCUCCAGGCGAUCGAUCCUGCUUCUAUCAAAAAAUGCAAACCGAUAUGGAAGACAGGCAAACUGGCGAAGUUCAAAUACUGACCGGAGUUUGGAUACCCAAGAAACCCUACAUCAGGGCGACGAUGUUGAGGAUGUUUUUCCCUAAAUACUCCGAUAAUUUGGAAGUACCCGAUCCUGGACCGCUUCCGCCUCAUUACGCUAUGGUUUUCGACACACCCAAGAUAAAAUCAGCCCUGAAGAUUAUGGGCAAGUGGCCCAAAGAAUUCAUUUAUUACGGAUUUUUCACCAGCGAAGAUCCGGAGAAUACCGAGCUGGUGGCCAAAAGCGUGCAGAGAUUGGAGAGGCCCGAUUACAAAUCCAAACGCACUUACGAAGAAAAAUUGGUUAUUUCGGUUUGCAAGAAGAAAAGCGAACUGAUCUUAGAACUGGUGCAAUUAGGACCAUUGUACAUGUCUACAACCACCGAAGAAGGAGCCAAAGAAACCGACAUGUUCUUCUCCGACGAUUACGCGGAUUCCCUCUCAGACGAAGAGAAAGUCUUCGUUGGGUCAAUAGAAGAAGAAGGCGUAGGCAAAAGAGUGCCGGCCUGAAACCGCCGAUUUUCGUUUUACUUUUAUUUAAAUGAAAUAAAGUUUAUACCUCAGUUA